ACCGCUGGGCACUGACUGGUGGCACUGACUGGCAGCACUGCUGGGCUGCACUGAUGGGUGGCACUGGUGGGCAGCACUGGUGGGUGGGCACAGGUGGGUGGCACUGGUGGGCACAGGUGGGUGGGCACAGUUGGGUGGCACUGCUGGCACAGGUAGGUGGCACUUCUGGGCACAGGUGUGUGACACUGCAGAGUGGCACAGGUGGGUGCAUUGCUGGGCACAGGUGGGUGAUCUGCUGGGCACAGGUGGGCGGAGCUAGUGGGCGCACUGCUGGGCACAGGUGGGCGGAACUUGUGGGCUCAGGAGUGACCAUGAGAUGUCAC